AUGCCGUCCAAGAAGUGGCCGCCGUCGGCGGUGCGGGAGAUGAUGCACCCGCAGUCGCUGGAUCGGUCGCUGCGGCGGCGGAUCUGGUGGAGUGCGGAGGCGAGCGACAAGCAGGUGGUGGAUGUGAAUGAGGAAGCUGCUGGCAACAAGAGGAAGCUGGACAUCGCUGGGUUCGACGACCCGUCUGAUUCUGACGACGACGAGGAGUACAACUCUGGAGAUGAGGUGGAAGAGUGGAACCACAAGUCCUUCAUUGAGCAUGAAGCCAACAAGAUCAGGGAGAAGGGGAAGGCGGCGUACUACAAGUGGGGCAAGUUCAGGUGCCCAUACUGCACCACUAAGCCAAUUCCCAAGGAUGGGCUGUAUGAGCACCUUAUGUCGCAUGCACGCGCUUUAAAGACGAGUGGGAGAGACGUGAAGAUCAGGGCAGAGCAUGCAGCCCUCCUGAAGGCUAUGGAUCCCAUGUAGUCACCCUCUG